AUGAGUGCUGUGAGAGUCGCCAGCCGGUCCGGUGUCCUUUCGCGGGUAUUGGGGGCUUCUUGGAAGUCUUCCGGUCUCGUGCAAGUGACUCGGUCCCGUGUGACGCAUAGCCUGCCCAAUCCCUCGGCAGCUCGUGCUCAGCCCUUCUCAAUGACCACGCCCUUCUCCUGCGCCAAUCACACAAGCGCCACCGCAGCUCCUCAAUCAAGCACGGAGAAAAGUGCCAAUGCCAAGACCCAAACUGACAUGGACACCUUGAACUCCGCAGAUCGGUACGCGGCAGCCUUGCGCAACAACAAGGAAUGGGCUGCCCAGGUAGCCCGCGAACAGCCCGAUCUCUUCCCCACCCUCGCAAACGGCCAGAAGCCCCAGAUUCUCUGGAUCGGAUGCUCCGACUCCCGCUGCCCUGAAACCACCUUCUUGGGUUUGAAGCCUGGCGACGUGUUCGUGCACCGUAACAUCGCCAACGUCCUCCACCCCGGCGACCUCAGCUCCUCCGCCGUCAUCGAAUACGCUGUACAGUAUCUGCGCGUCCAACACGUUAUUGUCUGUGGACACACCGCCUGCGGUGGUGUCGCGGCCGCCAUGGGAAACAAGAACCUGGGAAUUUUGGACCCGUGGCUGUUGCCCCUUCGUCAGCUGCGCGAGCGCAACCUUGAGCUCCUCCAGUCACUGAGUCCCGAGGAUGCCGCGAUGAAGCUGGCUGAGCUGAACGUUCGCGAGGGCCUGAACAUUGUCAAGCAGAAGAGUGUUGUGUUGAGCGCCAUGCAGGAGCGUGGACUUGAGCUGCACGGGUUGAUUUAUGAUGUUGGCUCGGGUGUCCUCAGUGAACUGGACACUCAGGAUUCCGAGGAGGCGAUCAGGGCUCGUUUGACUGCAUUUAAGACGGAAUGA